GCUGCUGGACUCGCACGGAGGCGCCUCUCGGGUCCAUGUUGGAUCCAUGCGACUCGACCCGCCUGGGCGGUUCAUGGGGAUUUUUCAUCAGAGGACAUGGAGCUUUCGGCCAGUGAACUCAGCAUUUAUGAUAAACUUUCAGAGACUAUUGACUUGGUGAGACAGACUGGUUACCAGUGUGGUAUGUCUGAAAAGGCCAUUGAGAAAUUCAUCAAACAACUCUUAGAAAAAAAUGAACCACAAAGGGGACCCCCACGCUUUCCUCUAUUAAUGGUUCUGUAUAAGGGAUUGGUUACCCUGGGAGUAGUUUUACUAACAGCAUACUUCAUGAUCCAGCCAUAUACGCUUUCACCAUCUGAAAUCACACUUACCAAAGCCCAUCCAUGGGGUUCCUUCUUUCAUCAUAUCCGGUUGCUGCCAUUACCCAUUACCAAAAAAUACAUGCUGGAGAAAUGUCCAGAGUGGUGGGGCUUGGACUGCAGACAGAAUAUGUCUCUAACUGCUAAGUGCUCUUGCUGCUGCUCCAUGAAAACUCUCAUUGCUCCAGUUGACCUCAGGCAGCUAUCGGAAAAAAUCCUGCAAGGGCAGCCUCUCUUGAUCAAGACAGGACAGCAUCGUUCUUAUGCUGAAAUGAAACAUUUUCAGUCUCUCUACCCCGAAUUGACAAAUUUUGUGAUACAAGAGGAGGCAGCUGAGUUAUGGAGCAGCCCUUCCAAGCAGCAACCUCCAUUUUCUCUUUUCUGGCAAAACCCUCAGAAUAAAUCUCAGAUUCUGCAAGAAAUUUUUCCCAUCUUUUCUUCGCUGCUGUUUCCAAAGGACAUUUCUCUAAAAAGCUGUUUCUUAAUCCACCAUCCACGACUUCAAGAUAAGACAUACAGACUGCAGAACACCUUUGUGGUAGGAAGUGGUCGGCUCAACUUAUAUGUUAUUCCGUCUCUCUUGUGCAGAGAACACUGCAAGACAUUGAUGGUAGAGCUAGAAGCUGGAGAUAUUGGUUUUACAAAUGUAGAUUAUUGGACAACAAAUUUUAACUCCAGAGGAUCUGAACCCGUUGUUGUUUGUGAUGGAUCUGCCAGUUGAAAACUCAAUAUGUAAGACCUCAAUAUCACAAAAGAUAUGGGGAUGAUACCACUACAGUUUCCAGAGAUACGUUUUCCCUUCUGGUCUGCGAUGAAGAAAGCUGUGCACUUUUAAAAGAACAUUUUAUUCAAGGUCACUGGCUUGCCUUUCAGAUGUUUUGGUAGAAACUGGAAGACCUCUUUUCUCUAGCUUUUUGUAGAAUUAUUCCUGAAAGCCGACUGACGGAUUUUGUGGGGGAAAGGUCUGUGAAUACUCUUUGUGAAUAUUGUUCUUUUUGACACUGUAGAAGGAGUCGUCUCAAAAUACUUCUUUCCAGACAUGCUGGAAGAGGUAACGUCAGAGCUGCUGAUGAAUCUGUCUCUGGAUCAUUGCUUUAAAAGAGCAAACUACUGAAAUAUUGGGUAGGCUGAGAAAUUAAAAAUGUCUCUUGAGAAAAGCAUUUGCUCAGGUUCUUAUCCUAUGUUAUAGUUUGAAUGCAGGAAUUUGGUCCACAGCUGCAUUUUUUCUUUCUUUCACUGUAUUAUGAUGACGCAUCUUCAGAAUAUUCUUUCCAGUAA